AUGGCUAUCAUCGACGCAUCCGAUCCGACCGAACAGGGCGCUCCAUCCUCAUCAGCUGCUGCCCGAGUGGCCCCAAAACGGAAAAGGGACUGGAAGGCGAACAAGAUAUUCCUCGACCAACUCAAAUUUAUCGGGCCUGGAAUAGUGGCUGCAGUAGCUUAUUGUGACCCAGGAAACUGGGCAACUGAUCUGGAAGCCGGCUCAACAUUUGGCUAUGUCCAUCUGUUCGUAAUCCUCUCGGCCUCGAUGAUGGCGAUAGUCCUCCAGAUCCUUGCAACUCGCUUAGGAUAUGUCACCGGCAAAGACCUCGCACAGCACUGCAGGCUAAGGUUUUACGAUCGCCCAGCACACACAAAAGUGUGGCGGUGGUGUUGUUUAUAUCCUCUGUAUGCGGUAUGUGAGGCUGGUAUCAUAUUCACGGACUUGGCUGAACUACUCGGCUCCGCUAUUGCACUCAAAAUGUUGAUUCCAAGGAUGCCGCUCUGGGUUGGCGUCCUACUAACUUCCACCGACGUCUUCAUAGUCCUAGCCUUCUUCAACUCUUAUCCUGAAAUCUCCAACCGCAACCGCCGUUCAAUGCACAUCUUCGAAUUCUCGGUCGCAAUACUUGUUUUAAUCGUCCUGGUCUCUUUCAUAGUCUUGAUCGUUAACGUUCAGCCAGAUUGGGGGGAUACCUUCAGAGGCUUCUUACCCAGUCGGGCCAUGAUUGUAAAUGGCGGACUGUAUCUUGCUGUCAGUAUAGUUGGUGCCACUGUUAUGCCUCACUCCAUAUUUCUAGGCUCCAAGGUUGCCAUCUCAGAUCGAUUGAAGCCUUCGCCUAUCGAGGAUAAAGAGACCCAAUUAGGGCGAUCACCUGUUCCCAGCGCUUCUCGAGAUCUCUCGCCUAUCCAAACAUCUUCGGAGCUGCCCCCCAUCCAAAUAGCUCAUGCUGCUGGCCUGCGUUUGCAACAGACCUCGCCCGUCAACGACUACGUCAGUUCGGUUGAACACUGUAAAGCACAUGUGGCACACGCUAGCUUUGAUAUAGCCAUCUCUCUUUUCACUCUAGCUUUGCCAAUCAAUGCGGCUAUCCUAAUUGUCGCAGCUGCUGCGUUUUACUAUACUGGGUCGGACGGCCCCUCGCAGGUGGCAGAUCUAGCAUCAGCUCAUCAGCUACUCACGAGUCGCGUUGGAGUUGGAUCAGGCUAUACAUUUGCCAUCGCUUUGUUAGUGGCUGGACAAGCCGCUUCUAUCACAGUCACCCUGGCUGGCCAGAUUGUCUCUGAAGGCUUCAUCGAAUGGCGCACUCGGCCUGUUGUCCGCAGACUAGUUACUAGAUUAAUCGGAAUCGUUCCUUCUGCUAUUGUAGCUGCAUCCGUGGGGCCGCAGGGAGUAGACGACCUUUUGGUGGGAAGUCAAGUGGCCCUCAGCAUGGUUUUACCAUUUGUCGUUCUACCUCUGAUUAUCUUUACAUCAGAUCCACAGACGAUGACCAUGCCCAAUUACCAUGCACUCCCCUCAAGAUCACCGAUCGGCUCUCCCACUUCCACACAUCCGACCAAACCACCCGGCGAAAAUGAAAACGAAGGCACUCGUGCGCUCAUGCCUUCAAAUGAAUCUACGUUCGAAAAUAACCUGCCGACAAAGAUCAUCGUCCUCCUCAUCUUCUGCAUUUGUUGCGUUGCUAACGUGUAUGCUAUUGUACAAUUAGCUCAAGGCAGGACCUGA